GUCAAUUUUGCCAAACACAAUCAUCUCUGUGUUUAGUCGAUCUGCUGAUCCAUUUUGCAAUAGCUACGUCGCACUAAAAAAAUAUUUUCUGACUUAACAGGGAAGUAAUUAAGUUCAUCAAUCAAGAAAAGACACCACUGUGUGUGUAUCAUUGAAGACUAGACUUAUAGAGUUGUCGGCAAGAUGGCGUCCAAAGCACCUGAUGUGGAGAGCAUUGUUGAUGACUUUCGAUAUGGCACCAACGUCGCUACAGCCCAUGUAUCCAUCAGAAUGGGUUUCUUGAGAAAAGUGUUUGGUAUUCUGUGUACACAGCUGCUGGUAACAACUGUAGUGUGUGCCAUUUUUAUGUACACUGAUGGCGUCAAGGCUUAUGUACAAAACAGCCAGGGGAUGCUUCUGUUUGCAUAUAUCUCUUCCUUCGCUCUUCUGUUCGCUCUAUUCGUAAAACGUAGAGAUUCACCAAUUAACAUGAUUCUUCUGGCUCUGUUUACUCUGGUUGAAGCCUACAGUGUCGGUACAAUUGUGACGUUUUACAACAAGGCAGUUGUAUUGCAGGCCUUUAGUCUGACUCUAGUGGUUACGUUCAGCUUGACUGUGUACACCAUGCAGAGUAAGAAAGACUUCAGCUCAUGGGGUGCAGGAUUGUACUCCGCUCUCCUGAUCCUCAUCCUGAGUGGUCUCCUCCACAUCUUCCUGCCUCAGAGCGACGCAGUCGAGUUCCUCAUCUCUAUCUUUGGUGCAAUUCUCUUUUGUUGCUUCAUCAUCUUUGAUAUUCACAUGAUGAUGCACAAGAUCUCUCCAGAAGAAUACAUCCUCGCCUCCAUCAAUCUUUAUCUGGACAUCCUCAAUCUAUUUCUGCACAUACUUAGAAUUCUUGGACAGGCGCAGAAGAAGUAGAACGGCCUUCAAGCUUCUUGGUGUGUUCUCAAAAUUUGCAACUCUAUCUAUUAUUUUAAAGGCAAACCCAAAUCUUAAAGGCAAAGUAUACCUUUGGUUCCUUGGAACCAUUUGAUUGUAUUUAACGUUUGAAAUGGGGGUAGCGUUUUUGAGAUGUUUUAUGCAGAAAAGUUUCUCAGAUUGAAAUGUUUUUGAAUCUCUCUCUCUCUCUAAAACCUCAUUCUUUUGAAGGGAUUUGUUUCUCCAAAUGUUACAUACUAAUCAACAGAUGCAGUGCUUCUUAUAGAGCAAGUCUUUCUGGUAAUUAAUUUUUGAAGUAAAUGCCAAAGGUAUACCCUACCUUUAAGACACUGCCUAUAUUUAAAGGCAGUGCACACUAUUGGUAAUUACUCAAAAUAAUUAUUAGCACAGCAUUUUGAGAUUUUUUAUGUA